UCCCCGCGAGCCUCCCCGCGGAUGCCCUGCCCGGAGUGCUCCGCGCCGCGCCAGGCUCGCCCGGGUCCGCGGCGAGACAUGCCCGAGCCGGGAGCUGCACCGACCUCGACUUAUCUGUAAGCAGCGGAAGGAACCAUGGUCAGCAAGGACGCGGGCCAGUGCGCACUCACGACCUCAGAGAGCGAAGUGGAGCCCGCCGCCGGCCUGGCCCUGGAGAUGAAAUACGCCCUGGACCCCAACCGGCAGAUCAAGAAGCGCAACAAGGCCCUGCAGGUGCGGUUCAAGGACAUCUGCGAGGCGCAGAUCGAGCAGCGGGACACGCAGCUGGCCGCGGGGCCGGCGGCCGAGAGGCGCGAGGCCAGGGCCGCGUCCUACCGGGCGGCCUACCGCAAGUACAUGACGGUGCCCGCCCGCCGGUCCAUCCCCAACGUCACCCGGAGCACCGGCGUGCAGACCUCGCCGGACCUGAGGAAGUGCUACCAGACGUUCCCUCUGGACCGCAAAAAGGGGACCCUCAAAGGCCUCCCGGCCGCGGACGCCUUUAAAAGUCAGAACAACGGGUUUGCCAUCGACGCCAAGGAGAGGAGCGAGGCAGGGCCCGGGGCGGAGGCCGUGCCCUGGGCGGCGGGCCGGGUGCAGAAGACGGCCGCCCUGGUGUUCCGCUCCCACCAACACAUGGACGUGCUGGUCCAGCCCACGGAGCUCAGCUGUGCAGAGCUGUGCAGGGACCCCGGCGGGCACAGCUGCCCGGGCAGAGCUCUCCAGAACGCCCCCCGGCCUCCCUCCCAGGAGCCCGCCCACCAGCUGUACCGGACAGCCAAACCGGACCGGGCCGCCCCGGACACGGAGGAGCCCGCUCCCUCGGCACCGGGCCGGGUGUUUAAAACGGAGGUGGCCGCCGUCUACGCACCUGCCCCCGGUGCCACGGCCCCCGAGCCCGCCUUGUCGAACUCGGCCGCCACGAGCCAGUGGUCCCUCUGCCCCACGGAGGACGAGGGGCGGGGCAGGGCCGCCCAUCUCAACGGGCUCCAGGCGCCCCCGACGCAGUGCCUGUCCCCCGAAUGUAGUGACCGCGCCCCGCAGCCUCCGGCCCCCGCGGGGCGGGAGCACCAGCCUUGCCCGGCAGGGGCGGCCGGGGGUGAAGAAUGCCAACGAACCGUGCCUCCCACGGAAGUGGUGGACCUCAAGGCGCAGCUGCAGGUGAUGGAGACCCUGAUCAGCUCCAGCCAGGAAACCAUCAAAGUGCUCCUGGGGGUCAUUCAGGAGCUGGAGAAGGGCGAGGCCCACCGCGAAGGGCUCUCCUACCGGACCGGGCAGGACACAGCUAACUGUGACACGUGCAGGAACAGUGCGUGCAUCAUCUACAGCGUGGAGCUCGACUUUAAGCAGCAAGAGGACAAACUCCAGCCGGUUCUGAGGAACCUCCACCCCUUUGAGGAAUCUCAGGUUGCCCCUCCGCCUUACUCUCAGGAGACGCACUCCUCGACCCCCAAGCAAAAAUCCAAAACGGAAUCUAAAAAGCACGGGAGGUGGAAACUCUGGUUCCUUUAACACUCGUGGUGUGUGGAGUCGACGGGCCAUCUUUAGAGCCCACGGGGGUUCAGCCCGUCCUUUUCCGAAGCGAAGAGGACCCAGGGAACUGUGCCGCCGCGGGCGCCCCCGUUUACCAAAAAGGCCUUCGUCCUAACGGACCACUGACAGCGAGGGGGUCCUGUCGCCGCCUACCGGCGGCUCCUCGCCGUCCUUGGAUGUGGGACGUGAAACCCUGAACAAAGCUUACGGCAAAGAGGACAAGUAGCGAGGCUGCCCCCACCCGGCUCGGGGAGUGUUAACGUCAGCCUGCGGUCGGCAGGCCGGCCCCUGUGCACAGCUGAAACCCAUCACGACUUCUAAGCCUUCAUUUUAAAGACAGAGAGAGAGAGAGAGAAGCAAGCCUUAUGUUUGCAAAAGACUUCAUUUUUUUACCUUUCAUUUUGCAACUACGCAGGGGCGGGGGGCGGUUUUCAGCACAUCAAAUUCCGGAGAAAGCACAAUUUUUUCAAGUGGUCGGAGACCAUGAAUCAUCUCUCACAUGGGACUCUAUGUGUAUCUGCCUUCACGUGCUGUAGCGCUAAGCCAAGCGACCCCAUCUCGGGGUGUCUCUGACCCCUGACACUCAGCAUCCCCCACAUCGCCACACCUGCGCCAUGUUUACUGCUCACUUCCCAACGGCCAGCCGCCAGGAGCCCCCCCAGCGUCAGGUCAGGCCUGUCGCCGCUGCAGGUGACUGGGCCAGAGAGCUACUGGACACUGAGCUUUCUGAGAUCUCGUUUUUAAUCUUUUGAUACCCAAAGGCCAAAUGCUGAAUCUGCCGCGGGGAAGUGUCUCUGUGAAUCAAUCUACAGACAUGGUUCCUCAAAGCGCAGGCAGGCGUCCGGUACAAUCUGUCGCGCUUUGUAACAAUGGGGCGGCCUCACUGCCUCAGAGAGCACCAGUGUGUUUAGUUCAGCUGCUACUGUCGUCCGCCAGGAUCGCCUACACCUAACCUAGUCGUCACCUGUACGCCCUGACAUGCCUAGCGGGAAGCUGUGAAUCAGAGGUUUCUAGGUAUUUUUUCAAUAAGCCAGGACAGAGGUCUCUUUUGAUUACACAUUGCAAUACAAAUCUGAGUUCCUUUAUUUUUUCACUCAUUCCUUUGCAAGUAUCUUUUGAUAGAAAUCAAACCCCCCUGGUCUAUUGAAUGACUUUGUCUAUCAGUGGGUUUUUUUUUUGCUUUUCACAUGAAGAAGUAGGGAUCUCCUUUUGCCUUUUUUUUUCCGUACAAAUUAAAUUUUGAAUAGUUUGUGAACAUACGAGAAAACCGAGUCUUCGCGUUUCCGUCCCACCGUCUGACAUCUAAGCUGCUGCCGACACGCACACGUCGCGGAUCAGCUGCCAGAACGGAGCGGUGCCCUCGGGCAGGGCCGCCGCCGGCAUCGGGCAUCGCUGGAAGGAGAGCUGCUCCUUGCCUUGCGUUUCCCUCCUGACCCAGCAGCGAGUCUGCUUCUCUCCCGGGUGUGUCCCUUCUACAGGGACCUCGCCUUGGUCAGCCCUCAGAGCAGAGCCUGAAACCACGCGGGCAGCCAUCCUUCGGGAGUUCCUCCCGCGGGCCCGCAGCCGCCCGCUUUAAUCGCAAGAAAACACACAUCUUUCGUGGGAACACCGCACAAGGGACGCGAAUCCUUGGAGAUCAGUCAGCGGGACGGGGAGCUAUUUUUGUGCGAAAGAAGGACGCAGCGGAGGGUCCCGAACCACGAAGGAAGAGCGACUGUGUCACGGAAAACACGUGUUUCAUGUCUUUUAUACUGUUUUUCACUAACGUUUAAAAUGUUCGCGACACGUUGUCUCUCCUGUGUCCCGAGCACCCCCAGCUCCGGGUGACCUGAAGCGAGGGGCUGCGCGGCUUUCUAACGAGCCCGGUAAAUCCGCCCACACCGCCCUCGCAAACACAGCGACGUCCCUGGUGAGAGCAGUCUAGGUUCAAAACAACCACAAAUAAAAUGUGCGGAGUCUGAAGGAGACUGAAGAUAUGCUCACUCCUAUUUAAAAAUAACACCUUCUUUGGAAUAGGAAAAAAAAAUAUUUCCAAAGGCAUUUCGUAGUUUAA